AUGGAUGUAUCAGACACCGAGGAAAACCUAAAUGUGAAAGAGGUGGAAACGGAUGAUUUUAAUGAACAGUUUUCAAUAGGACAGACCAACAUUCUGAACAACUAUGCGUUAGUUAACAUCCAAAUUGAUUACCAAUUUCGUCCCAGUGAAAUAGCCGAUAUGUGUUUAUACGAUUUUGUUCGAUUGAUUGGACCUCAGUUACCUCGAAAAGAUCGAGAAGAUACGAAAGAACGCUAUGCUCGUGCCAUUUUGACAUUGUUUUUGCCCUGGACAAGUGUAGAUCACUUAUGUCAAACUGAUAUAACGUGGGACCAAUCAUUAAAACUAAAGGCUGACUUUUUCCUGCCAUCGUCAAAAACAAUAAUUGACAAUAUUCAGCUACUGCAUGAGUGUAGGAAGGAUCGCGACGAGCAUUUAAUUCAAGUUAUUGAGCAAACACAAGCAGCGGCUGACAAUAUCGACUCGGUCUAUAUACCGACAAAUUUUGCUCGAGACGACCUUAGCCAGAUGGAUGACUCAGAAGAUCUCGUUGCACUACUACAAUUCAACGAUGAUCACGAUGAUAUGACGAGUGAGUUGUCUGAGUCCGAUGUGCAAAUCAAUGAUAUGACGACUGGGGUGUCUGAGCUCGGUCCACAAACGUUGAACCCAAAUGAUGCGUAUAUUCACGACGCAAUUCUUUCGAUUAAACAAACUGGCAGAUUUUCACAUUCGACAAAAAAUCAAAGUACAGCACCUCAUUUGUCAGCACCAACGACGGCUAAUCAGACGAAUUCCAUUAUGAAUACAGAAUCAUACCACAAAGAAGCCACAACUAGUCACAUUCGACUGAACAAGAUCUGGAAGAAACAACUCAAUAAGGCAAAACAAAAGGCCAGAGAGAAAAUGCUAAACGGUGAAGAACGAGAGCAUGAAGACCAAAAUCUUGCGGAAGCGACGGACGUAAAUCGAAAUGUGGUAGACCUAGACGGCGAAAGUGAUAUUCAAUCACUAACCGAACAAGUGACAAGCAUCAUAGCCAUAUCGUUCCGGAAACACUAG